CUCUCUUUCCUUUCACCGCCUAUAUAAAAUUAAUAAUUAUGUUAACUUUUAAAAGGGAGUUUGCUGCUGUUAAGUCUGUUUUAUUCAAUUCAAUUCUCAUUAGACAUUUAGUCAGAUUUUUUUUUUCUCUCUUUUACGGUGCUUCUACCUUUCCACGCAAUCUCAACUCCCCCCUUUUAGAGAUCGGAUAAUUUUCAGUUCUCGAAUUAUUUCCCCUCUGUAUUUGUAAAUCCUCACCUUUUCCGCAUGUUAAUUUGUUAAAUUAUUUUUCAUGUUUUUGCUUUUUUAUUUUUGGAUUGAUGAACUGAUUGAUCUCUGUUAUCUGACCAAUAGGGUGCUUUGAUUUUCUGCCUGUAAUUCAUAAACUGAUGUUGUUUGGAUCGUUUAUCCUGAUAAAGGAGGAAUCUUUUUGGGUGGUUAGGGUUAGGGUUUGGGAUGUUUUGGUAAUUGCUGGGGAAGGAUUGGUAUUUUGAUAACAUGAUAUAUGGUGGUUUUCGGAUUUUGAUUUUAAGAUACUGAAUCUUCCCGGGGAAUUAAAUCUGGAAUUUUGGAAUCUGGAAACACCUAUUAAGACUCAUUAUGUUCCGGGGAACUUGUUUUUUCAUUUUUAGAAAGCAACUUAUAUAUAUAAAUGUAUGUAUAUAUAUCUUUACCGUAAAAUUGCCCUGAGGUGAGUUUUGUUUUUCAAUACGAGGCUAUAGGAUUAAGGGUAGCUGAGCACAAUUAAGAGCAAAAUUGUGUUAUUCAAUUAUUAUUGGAUGAGAAUUGAAAAUAUGUUCUUUAGGUGCUCCUGAGCAACUCUAUGAUCAUUUUAUUCGAAAUUUCACCUUUGAAGAAGUCUUACUCGUGGUGUUUGGGGAAGUAGUUAUGAAUGAAUUAAAAAAUUUUGAUUGUUUGAGCUGAUAACUGUUGUAUGCAAUUGUAUUCUCAUGUUUAUCACCAAGUAAUCUGGGAAAUAAAUCUCAUUGAGCGUAAAAACUUUAUGAAGAAAGUACUAUUCAAAUUCAAUUGAUUGUUCAAACUUCAAACAACUAUUUUAACCUUUGCCUCUAUGCUGCACUAUCUGCAUGGUUCCUAUGCAUUUUUCUUCUCUCUAUUGAUGAUUGAUAAAAAUUUUAGAUUGAUAUAUAUCAAAAUUGACAAUCUCUUCUGGUUUUUGUGGCCCGAGUGCAGGUAUGAUAGCUGUCUGGUUCAAGACUAACACUUAGUUACUUAUUCAAGGGUUCUAUUUGAUCAAGUUUUCUAGGACUUUUUACAUUGCAUUAUAUUGUUCAGUGCUUUGGAGCUUUGCAUCAGGAUUUGUCAUCUGAUUUUCUUUGUACAAGUUAACAAGUGACGAUUCUAUAGUUUUCAGUUCGCGUCUCACAGAGAUACAGAUUACAUAAGACUGCGGUAGGAAAUAUAUUCAAAGUUCAGUGUCCUGGUAAGUUUAUGUUAAGAUAAAGACGAAUUAAUCUCUUUAUGUUAUGAAAUUAUUGACAGUGGGUGGCAUGUCUCCCAUUUGUAGAUUGGCAUAUUUAUCACUCUUCCACGUUGCUGUUGUUUAUAAUUCAUAUGGGCAUCUAGGUUUACUUUAUGUUUAGUGGCUCUAGGUAAAAAUAAACUUUCAGUGGACUCUAAAUGAGCUAAAGUAGUUCAUAGGUGAUGCUGUUUGUUCUGACUUAUAUGAUGCACUUAAUUUUAUUUGCCUUGUGUGUGUGUGUGUGUGUGUGUUUUUUUUUUGGGGGGGGGGGGAUCUUACUGGAGGACUUCAUAAUAUCUAGCCGGUGCUGGUGGUUGAUCCCUAUAAGGUUUUUGAAAUGAGCCGUAUUUUGCACCUGAGAUUGAGUUUGGUCACUAUUUGUGUGGAAGUCAAGGAAACUAGAGGAUUUUCAUUCCUUUUCCCUUCUGCACCAUGCCUUUCCAAGAAAUAAAGAUGUUGGGGUUUCUGGGAAUGUUUUCGGGUUUCCUUUUUCUUUUUUUUCUUUCUAUGGGACCUUGGGUGUAUUUUAUGGUCUGCUUCUUUUCUAUUGUUUGACAUGCUGCCAUCUUUUAUACCUUGGUAUGGAGACUUCUGAAAAUUCUCCAUGCACGGUGCUAGUUUUGCGGUUUAUAAUGUUCGUUGUCUAGUUUAUCCUUUGAUUAAUGGACUAUUUUUCCCGUUACCUGAUGAAUUCAAUAUGCUGAGUAACUUUACACAGCAUGUUCAAGAUGGCUGGUGUUAAACGAAGAAUAAUUACUGAUUUGGAUGUCCGUGCUCUCCAUAAAGAACUGGAUGAAGUCUCAUGUCCAAUCUGCAUGGACCAUCCACAUAAUGCUGUUCUCCUGCUGUGCAGCUCGCACGACAAGGGUUGCAGAUCUUACAUUUGUGACACAAGUUACAGGCAUUCAAAUUGCCUAGACCGAUUUAAAAAAUUAAGGGCUAAUUCUAGUAAUGGAAGUCAAAAUCUGAAUGAAACCAAUAGCAUGGCAGGAGGAUCAGACGAUAAUAUCCGAGAGCCAACUAGGAAUCUUGAUUCACAAGGAGAAGGUAUUAUAGAAAUAGCAGACUCUUACUCCUUCCGGGGAAGAUCUGAAUCCGAAGAUGUAGAUGCUGAGAAUUUUAAAUCUAGUUUGAAAUGCCCUCUUUGCCGAGGGAACGUACUUCGCUGGGAGGUUGUGGAAGAGGCCAGAAAGUAUCUAAAUUCGAAGAAGAGAACUUGUUCUAGGGAAUCUUGCUCCUACUCUGGAAGUUACCAGGAAUUGCGUCGGCAUGCCAGGAGAGUCCAUCCGACAAUACGACCUUCAGAUAUUGACCCAUCCAGAGAACGAGCCUGGCGCCGCCUUGAGCACCAAAGAGAAUACGGUGACAUUGUAAGUGCUAUUCGAUCUGCCAUGCCAGGUGCUCUUGUGGUUGGAGACUAUGUUAUUGAGAAUGGAGAUAGGUUGGCAGCUCGAAGGGAGAAUAGCACUGGUGAAGCAAGUUCACCAUGGUGGACUACUUUCUUUCUGUUUCAGAUUGGUUCAGUCGACAAUGUUGGUGAAUCAAGAGCCAGGUCCAGGGUUUGGUCAAGGCAUCGACACCCUGGAGGAGCUGUAUCUGAGCGGAGGUUCCUUUGGGGCGAGAAUCUCUUGGGUUUGCAAGAUGAUGAUGAUGAAGAUGAUGUGCGUGUAAUAAGUGAUGUAGGUGAAGAUGCAUCUCCAAGCCCAAGGAGACGCAGACGCCUGACGCGGUCAAGGUCAGAUGAAGAUCAGUCAUGAAAUAUAUCAGAUAAUUUUUGCAGGUAAGUCUCAGUUGCUUGACAUUAUUUCGAAUGGGAUUUAUUUCGAACUGCUUUUCCCUGACCCGGUUGGUAGUAUUCAUCCCAAGUAGUGUGCAUAAGCUUUUGCUGGUCUCAGAAUCCACCAUCUUGUGGGUUUCUAGUAUGUGUCAUCUGGAAUUAUGUAUUCAGACUUUUAUGUAUUCUGGCUUUAGACAAAUGUAUUUAGAUGUACUGAAGCUCAAACCAGUAUUUCUCUUCA